GAACUACUGAGUCCCGAAAGUUCCUGAAUAAUUGCAGUUUUCGGCAUAUUGCUGGUAUGUUAAACUCUUCUUGUUCUAGUAUAGACCACAUAUUUAAUAUUGCAAUAUCAAUACCUUAGACAAGAAAAUUCUCGGAAUAUUGAGAGGCUGACAAACUGACUACCUGAUCCAAUCAACGUCCUGACUCAUUUUACUAUGAUUCAGAUUGUAUUUCCGCCUUUAUUUUACGAACUGUUUGUCAUCUCACGUUCUUCUCGGUGUCAGUGCGAAGGCUUAACUCCAUGAAUUUUAUUUAGAGCCAAUUCUAGACGUCCAGAAUUGACCACGAACCGCAAUGUUUGUACACAAAAGCAGCUUUUCAGUCAGGAUCUCAGCAAGAAGAGCAAUGGCUUUUCGUCCAUUUCCCUUCACAUAAAUUAUAUUUCUUUUCAGUGUGAUAUGUAUUUUCAGUUUUGAUGACCAGCUUCUCGAUCCCGUUUCUCUUUAAAGUAGGUAAUAUAGUCUAAAGUGAUAUUGGUGAUAACGAAGCAUAUAAGUUGCAUAAGACAUCAUUGCGAUGUGUAUUAAAUAAAGCUCCUUAGUUUCUAAUUAUUACAAAAGGAUCGUCGAAAUACGGCUCUGGAGAGGUGUGACUGUAUAUAUUGCACGCAUGGAAAAUGAAGCCAACGUUUUAAUAAAACUGAUUUUAACAAAUUGUCAGGGACAGGUUUAUCGCAUUUUAGGUCUACUGUUAUUCUCAGCUUAGGUUUAAUAUAUUUUAAUCUAUUUUUUUUGAUCCCUUAAAGAUCAAAUAAGAAAACGCGGCGCUCUAUUUGAAAAAAGGAAGAAACGCCGUAUCAUACAUUUCUCCCCUCCGUCGCAGUACUCGUACUCAGAAAAACAAAAGCAUUCUUUAAAGAUUGAAGCUAUCCACAAGCUCCUGAUCUCGACCAGUAAUAAAAUCACUUUAUCUAUUUGUGCAUGACUUCGUGCAACUUCACCUGAAAGCUUCAGAGUUUGACUUCUUCUGCUGUUGUUAACGGCUUUUUGACGAUUUUUUAAAAUUAGCCUAAAAUAGUAACUGAAAGAUCAUUGGAAAUUGAGUCCUACCCAACACGAAAACCAUGGGUAACAUGACGUCAUAACAUGAUUGCCGCAUAACACCAAAUGCCUUCAUGAUCACGUUGCCGUAUCAUACGUUCCACUUUUACGUCGCAGUACUCACUCUCAGUAAGAAAAGGAAAUGAUUUUUGAAGACUAAACCUCAGAAAUGGUUGUGUAUGAUUUGACACAUUCCUUUAAAAAGACAGAUUUGACCAAACACUGAGUUCCACAAGUUUUGAGCUUAGUUAAAAAUCAGCAUGGACUGAGAUGGAGUAAAAAAGCGAAUGAUAGGGUAAGUAUCCUAGAUGCAUUAAAACUGACAUAUCACAUAUAUUGAAAUUUUCCUCUGCUUGUUUAUCUAGUCAGGUAUUCAUUCGACAACCGUUUUCAGCUAACAUUAUAUCACGGCAAAAGUCUUGGACUAACUCCUUAGAGUAGGCUAACCAACAUGCUUCAAAACUGUUUUCAUAUUUCUAGCAGGAGUAGCAGUAUAGUAUGUAUAGUAUACUCCAACAAAAAUCUUGGGAAAAAGUUUUUAAUAUUCAACAUUUGUAAACUUCCGUAAUAUUGAUUAGUUUAAUUUUUCACCUCAUAUUAUAUUGUAUCCGUCGCCGUAAUUUUUAUGCCAUCUUCGAAAAAUUGUAAUUGAGGAGGCCUAAGUAACAUAAGCUCUGUAGUUUCUUUUAGGCCUCCUCGCCAUCUCUUCCUACAUAUUUUUUUUUUUUUUUUUGGCAUUUUUUUGUAAUUAUUUUAUUUGUGUGGUAAAUAAAUAAAAUACCUAAAUACCUAUAGUAUAAUUUUUUAAAAUGUAUUAAAGAUAAAAUUCCAGUUUCAAAGUGGCUAAAUCGGUCGAAUCAGUUAAUUUUAAUUAUUUAUCAAAAUUAGUGUCCCAUAGAUACAUUAAGCAGUAACAUAAAGCUAUCUUUUUUGAAGAUUUGUUCAAUUUAAAUUUUAAUGGGGCCAUUGUGUUAUUGAGAAAACUGUUCAGAAAUUUUCGAAAAAAGAGAAGAGUGAUCUGCCUCUCACCUUUCUACAAGGUCUCGGUGCGGUUAUCAUUGAAUAGUAUGUUGUUGUCAUUUAUUGCGCAGGUGGAGUUUGUUUUUGUUAUGUUACGGAUGGAGAUGAUAAAAGUAAAUUUUAAUCUUAAAACUGGAACAGGGACUCCACAACCCUGAACUCUUUGUGAAUUAUUUACACACUACAUGUACAGCCUGCUGACUAGCGCAAGAUGUGAGCUAAGACAAUAAUAAUCGAUGAACAACAACAAUCUGAUUUCUUUUAACCGCAAUUUUCUACUGAGAACUAUUUUAUUAUCAUGUGCUUACUACCUUGGACCCAAAUUUUGGAUUCAAUUAUCUACUAAACAAAGAACCACUUACUCCGUAAUUUUGUAAUUUGCAUAGGUAAUAGCAUGAGACAAUUUAUGAAACAUCACGAGUGGUAUUUAUGCCAAAUAUCACGUCGAGUCAUGCUAUUAUUUGUUUAUACUACUACCCACAAAGGUUUUGUAAUUUUCAUUUAUAGGUAUUUCAAAUUAAGCUGAAAUACCACUGCUCUAAGCAAACAAAUUGUAGAAAUUUCUCAUGUAGUAGUAUAACAAGUUGUUAAAAUUAUAACCUAGGAGGCCUAAUCAAUAUAAGCGAGAUAGUUUUCUUUUGGCGCGCCUCCUCGCCAUUGUUUUCUCUUUGAUUUCUGUAUCUCUCUUGUUCUAGACUUAGUAUUGCAUAGCUGAACGGUGCGUCUCCUCCCCAUUCUCUGCACGGCUUCGCAGCUUCUCUUUCAAAACUUUACUCGCGCUAACGCCGAUACCACCAGCUAUUCUUGUUCUUCGUGCAGUAAAAAAACUUAUUACUUAAUUAAUUAAUAAAUUAAAAGAAGUCAAAGCAACCUUGGCAGAUUUUCAAAACUAAUGAACGCUGGGAAUUUUAUGCCAUUAUCAUUUCUGAUCAUCACACUGCACAUCAUACACAUCUUGUGAUUCAUUUUUUCCUUGGUUUAACUUUAUUUUCCCUUUUUUUUAAUUCAUUGUCAUAAAUUACCAAGCCCGAAAUUAAAAUAACUAAAGGUAAAAAUUUACUCAAAAUUUGGUGAACUACAACAUAUAAUGAAGAGGCGGGACAUUUUAUUCCUUUCUGGUAUGUCCAUUAUUAGGAGAAGGAUUCAAUCUUUCCUUCGACAGAUUUUAUCUUAACACAGCUAAGUAAAACUUAUUUACUUUCCUCCGUUUUAACGGUUAGCGACUCCCAAGAACAACCAACGCAAAUCAAGUGGUGUCGUGAGCCAACUACAAUGAGACGAUUAUUAAGAGCAGUUGUCUGUAAGAUUCGAGCUAUAUUGAAAAGUCGCUGCCACACUAUCUCACCGAAUUGGCUAAAAAUUGGCAAGUAGACUUGAUUUGGGGUCUUUAAUAAGGAAUAGGUAACUUAAGGUUCUAAUUCCUCCUAUUUCGGAAAUAAUCGACAUGACCGGUUUUUUGGUGCCUCGGACCGGCGCCAUAUUGGUUAAUAGAAGCUGCUUUUGAGCCUUCGACUACAACCCUGUCUUCAAAGCUAAUCUUCCUUUGNCAGAUUUUAUCUUAACACAGCUAAGUAAAACUUAUUUACUUUCCUCCGUUUUAACGGUUAGCGACUCCCAAGAACAACCAACGCAAAUCAAGUGGUGUCGUGAGCCAGCUACAAUGAGACGAUUAUUAAGAGCAGUUGUCUGUAAGAUUCGAGCUAUAUUGAAAAGUCGCUGCCACACUAUCUCACCGAAUUGGCUAAAAAUUGGCAAGUAGACUUGAUUUGGGGUCUUUAAUAAGGAAUAGGUAACUUAAGGUUCUAAUUCCUCCUAUUUCGGAAAUAAUCGACAUGACCGGUUUUUUGGUGCCUCGGACCGGCGCCAUAUUGGUUAAUAGAAGCUGCUUUUGAGCCUUCGACUACAACCCUGUCUUCAAAGCUAAUCUUCCUUUGCCGAUACACAUUGAAAGAACAAUCCCUCUUUGUUGUAUUUUCAGAAACUACUUCGAAAUUGAUAACGUUUUCGCAACGAUCGAUUAAACUUUUGGUGGGUAUACUUUUUGAAUUUUCUACACCCUCAAAAUUAACAGAACUUUAAAGGCGUAUAUCUCUUUUGCCACAUCGCAUUGAGGCUUGCCACUCUGCCUGAAUACUCAUUGUUUGUAGUUAAAUCGAGUUCGUUAAUAAAAAAAUUGGGCAAAUUUAACGGAGCAGAAACAAAAGUAAUGAAUGGAAUAGUGUUCUAGCGAUCUUGUCAAUAAACUUUACACCGAAUACUCGCCAAGUGUUGCCAAAAUUACGAUCGAUAAUAGAGUUUCUGUCCUUAAAUCUGAGUGAUCUGUGUGAUAAAAUUAGCCUCUGUAAUAUAAUCGAUAACUCUGCUGUGAAAAACAGUAUAAAAAAAGGAAGAUUGUAUAAGGAAAAGGAAAAUGAAUUUGUUAUGUUUAUGCUACGACGCGUAAACAAAAUGCAACCAUCACAGUCGAACUGGCCGAUUUUCCUGAUUUUCCUCCAGUUCCUUUAUCGAAUCCAGAGAUUUUAAAAUUAACCAUAGUAAUGAAAAGUGAGAUUUAUUACCUUACUCGACGACAAAGAUGUCAGUUUCCACCUUGAUCGAAAAAAAGUAAUAUUUUCCCUCGCAUAUCGCGGGUCGUCACGUUCCUUGCAUGGCGUUACAACUCACGUGAAACCGCCUGGUUUCAAACAACUGAACUGAAGAAUCCCUGAAAAUCUUAGCCAGGCAAUAAAUAAUGGAAUUUUAUGUAAGUUAUCAUUAUUAUUGAGCGAGGAUGCAAUGACAGUUCCAGCUACAUGUAUUAACAGCGUUUGAAGAUUCACUCAAAACUCAUGAGACAUGAGCCCUUGAAAAAAACAUCAUUACUUCCGCUUUUAAAAAUUGGGCGUUGGCAAAGUAAUAUUAGCAACGGUUCCGUGUACAAUUUUCAGGUAUUUUAUCUCAAUCACGAAGCCCGUUUUGAGGAGAUUCUUUGUCUUUCCAUAAAGGGUUUUUUGAUAGACAGGGGUUAAGAAGAAUGAGGGAUGAGCCCAGGACUACAAAAACCACAGUCACCCCACCGAAGGGCUUUAAAACUGUGCGCAAAUGCCUCACCCUAGAGACAAUUCCAGAUUUUCGUUUCCUUGAAAAAGCUUAAAAUCGCUAGUCAAUGCAUGGACAACUCAAGAGAGUCCUAAUUCAAAAUAAAGUAGACAGCAAAGAAAAUUCAGUUAGCGACCAGAGUGUUUAUCCGCUAUCGCGAACAAUAAGGAGUAAUUGAAGAUGUGUCUGCAGUUUAACGUAAAAUCAUUUACCAUGCUCACGGACCUUUCGACAACAUAAGUGUACUGAUUGACGUAAUAUCAGUGGUAAAAAACGAACGCUUUUUACUGUAGGACGAUGACGUCAUCAUACAAAAGGCGUCUUCACUCUGGCAUCCUGACUUUCAAACCGUCAAAACCUAAUUUUCUCUGCUCGUUAACUCAAAAACGCCUGUGAGGCCAAGUAGUGGUAAUGUGCUUGUUAGUAAGACGUCCAACAUAAGGAAACAUUCAUAAUCAACUUGGUUAAUGCAUUGAUAAACGGAAACUUUCUCCUUUACCCUUAGGGACAGAGUUCAAAAGCGCAAAAGAUUUUUAUUUCAGCUAUAGCAUGUGUUGUCUAGCGAUUUGCUUUGAGCUUCUCGAAAUUUUCCAGAUCAAACAAGCUGUGCGCAUCUUACAUAAUCUUGUCUGGGCUCCCUUGAAAAUUGCACUUCAUCAGAAAGCUUCAAGUUCAUCCACCGCCGCGACAACCUUAUGAUCUAUUUUAAUGGGUGGUUUUCUGGAACUAUCCUAUGGCUUGUCCUUUCUGGUCGUCACUAUAUUAGCGAGCACGUUUCAAUUCCUCUCCAGCGAAAGUCUCUAUCAGGAGCGUAGCCAGGAUUUUCCAGGUGUGCGCACAAUUUUCAAAACUUACCCUAACUUCUUACUCAGUUCUCUCGUAACGUUUCCCCAUUAUAUUUGCUAAUUCCGUUAACUAGGUAAGGUUAUGCGUGGAUGAAAUGGCACUUGCAAUCGGUGACAAAAUUAGGUUAGACACUUUACCCUCAAGGACGACUCUCAUGUUUUGCUGACACUUUCUACCUUAGAAGAGAAAAGUGAAGCUUUGCCUUCCCCACUCCGUGUAAAAAUUUCGUUCGGCUGUUCAAACUACUUUUAGAAAACAACAAACUUCCCAACUUUAAUUUUUAACAAAGGUAUAAGGGUAGGAAUCCAAAUUUUUUUCAAAUGUUCUUCAAAAUGUACGCCAUGCAAAUGGAGUAUUUCACUGAUUUUAACACGAUGAUUAUAAAGUAGUGUCUAGUGAGAACAGGAGCUAAUGCCCCAUCGUAAAAAUCUGAAAGUGAAAACAAAAAUCUUGUAUAACCGAGUGGUACACAUUUUUAGUUAUUUUUAGCGAGUUGUGAAAAAUCACAAAUUUGUUUCUUCUUGAAUGUGUUAUACUCUCUCUGAAAUUUUUUUUGUUAUGGAUGGGGGGGGGGGUGGGGGAUGGGGGGAGAGAUCAGAACAUGUACCUCGUGUUGUUUAAGAAACAUUAAAGUAAUGAAAACUGUUAAACGGUCUUCUACAAAUCAAAAUAGUUGCAAAUGCUUACGGGAGGCCCUAACUAUAUGAUGAUUAGAAGGGCAAUAUUUGGAAAGGUGCAUGGUCGUGGAGUUAAGGAGAUUUGACUAAUCAGCCAAUUUCCCGCCAAACAUAAGGGGAUGGCCAGUGGUCCCAAAAUUGUGCUCGCUCGCCUCGGGCUGGCAUGACUUUUUGGAUACGGUCAUGGAGUUAUAAACAAAGGGUUCAUCAUCUGUAUAGCCUACUCGCCCCAAAGUGACUGCAUUUCGCUUUUCAGAGACCCAUCAGUUACUGUUUGACCCUCUCGGAUCAGAUUUUAUGUCCGUGAUGUAAUACUGGUGGUGAGGUCAGUCCACAAGCAGAGUCGUGAAAAACACCGACACUUGAGCUUUUACGUUCAAAACAUUCCUGGCUAUUGGGAAAAAAAUGAGCUUUUAAAAAUACUAAAAUAAAAUAUCAUUUCAAAUUUCACUUUGUCACCCUUCCAAGAUUAUUGUGAAUCAGACCGAAUAAAAGUUCACUCAAAGAGGGGGAGGGGGGCGGGAGGGUGGCACCCUACGGACAGAGUCUCCUUCGAUCUUCCUAGAUAAGUCGGGAAGAGGAAGGAACCUCUGCGACGUCAAUCAAACCGUUACCGUAGCAUCCAUUAUGUUUGUUAGCAAAUGUAAAUGUCAGCCGGGACGUACCGGUUCGUUUUCACCCUUCCGUAGCUGUGUUUCCUCUGGAUUUAGAAGCUCUAUAGGAACAAUUUCACCUUUGUAAUCUAAACUUGCCAUGUUUCAGUGUAAAGAAGAUAAUAAAAUCUUAGAGCAAAACUUACGGUGCUUUUCAAAAACAGAGCACCUAACCCUGAAACACAGAAACACACAAAACGGAUCGAAAUCCACCAAUCACAAAUCACGAACGACGACCUUUGUUUCCUAAGAGGUUCGCUAAGAUGUAUAAAAGGCGAGAAAGCGAAGAAAGCGCCGCUUCUUCAGAUUUUGAUUGACGUCCUAGAAAAACACAAAAUCCAAAGACGUUUUUGGCAUAGCAAGUCGGGUGUUGCCCACAAACAGCUGUAAAAGCAUCGAUCAUUUAAAUGCAACAUGGAUUCUGUAGCCUCAUGAUCUUAUUUUGAAUUAAUGUUAUCGCGAACACAAAAGAAUAAGCAUAGAUAUUGUUUCUUAAAUAUUAUUAUUUUUAUUCAGAACCCAUUUGUUUAUCCUUCCAAAAACUUCGCGUAACACUUACUGGAUUGUGAAUCCGUUCACGCAACAAAAUCGGCUGAGUACAUGGUUAAAUCCAAAACAAAAUCCAUCUCGAAUCUGGGUACAUUUUCCAAUUUUCUAAAACUGAACGUUCAAUCUAUAAUUUUCUCAAAAUUCCCGCAUGAAAUUGAAGCGGCAGCCAUUUGUUUUUGUAUGGAGCGUGGGCGCAGAAAGAGUCAGCAAAAUUGCAGAAUAAGCGUGCGUGCACAGAUAAAACUGGUUUAUCCAGUAUAAAACUUGUUUGACUCAUCCAAGAAGCUGGAUGAUCGGCAGAUCAAAGGAACUUGAAGAUGUCGGCAGAGUCGCUUCCUCUUCCCCGACUUAUCUAGGAAAAAUCGAAGCGACUCUGCUAGCAGGGUAGGGGGUGCUAGUUCUUAAGAGUUCCAGUUUGCUAGAAAAUUAAAAGUUACGAAAAAAUACUGGGCGAACUGCAGAAUACAUGCAAGAAUGAGAAAGAAAAUAAAAAACAACUUCCUGUUCAAAGUCGGGUGAAACGUUUAAUAGCGCCAAGAAGAUUGACCUUGAUUAAGGUUGUUCAUUUCAAUUCCGUUCCAGCGUGCAGUUCGUCCUCCUAAAAAUAGCUUCGUCCCCCACCGAUCAUUCCACUGCAUAUUUUUCGGACUUAUUAUUCAGUAAUGACGGUACGAUCUGGUAAUUUGACUUGAUGAGUUCUUUAUUUUCAUUUUAUGUACUAGUUUUAUAUCUUACGCUGGAAAGAUCUGCCCAAUGUACAUAGAAGCAAAGGUAGGUUCCUGUUUACGCAUGUAAUAUCGAAUACCAUACAAUUUACAUAAAGCUGCAGUGCACGGUUUGUUUUUCUAGCCUUUUGAUAAAAAUUGACAACGUUUGCGUUAUCUUUGCCUAAGAAAAAUGUAAUUUGUAGCUGUAUACAGCGAAAUACUACAGAAGAAAAUUAUAACUGUGCACACGAGCGGCUCCCGAUUGGUGUGGCAAAUCGAAGAGCGAACUUGAGUGCUAGUACCGUGUGUAACCAUAUUUAUAAUUUUCAUUUUAGCGCAUAUUUCAAGCUUUUCGCAAGAUCAGAAUCAAAAGAUCAUCUUUUUACAUUUCAAGGGAGAGUUUUUUAAGCGAUAGAUAGGCUUUAAGAGGCACGAUCAAUUUUUAAAGAAUUUUCUUUUCAAAUAUUCACCGAAUUUUGUUUGGAAGUUUUAGCGGCCAAGUGGCUGAACCAUUGCGCAUUCAUGCAAUUCUAUUUCUGCUCCGUUGCAUUUGCCCAAUUAUUUUAUUCAACAGUCUAAUUUAUCUAUAAACAAGCUAUGUUUCGUUAAAAUGGCUUAGUCUAAAUCGAUGUGGCAUGGGUGAUAUUGACCUUCCAAUUUCAACCAAAUUUGUGUACCUGUUAAGUACCGAAAAAGUGCUGUGAGAAGUUAUAGCCGUUCGUAGCUCAGGCUUAACUACUUUCAGAUAAGAGUAGGUAAAUGAAGGGAGGAAGGAUAGUUCUUUGCAACUGUAUGCAUGAGACACGAUUAAGUUAUUUGAAUGAUAAGGCUAGAGUAAUUACUUUGUAAAUCUCCUUCAGUUCACCAACAUGGCGGCCCUCGUCAAAACUGUCAUUCCUGUAUCUUUGAAACCAAAGAGAAUUCGAACCUUAGAAUAUGCAUUCAGUAUUUAGGACACCAUUCUAAGACUACAUGCCGAAAAUCAGUCAAAUCGAUGAGGUACCGUGUCAGGCCGAAGUUCGAAUUUUACAGAAAAUCACUCUUAAUGGGACUAUUUUACGGGCUGACGAAAUAACGCACGCUGGUAGCUGGUGUAUGCUUUUAUUCCUUUUGACCAAUUGCAAUAAAAUGAAAACUGAAAAUUGAUUAAAAUAUAAAGAAUAAGAAACAAUUAUAGUUACGAGCAUCUAAACACACGUGACAGUUUUGUAUGCGACUGUGUGCAAAGUACUGUACACACUUGACAACGAACUUGAAACAAAUUUCUAAUGUCACGACUGGUUUGAGCUGACUCAAAUGCCUAAGACUAGUGAUAUGAAAAAAACCUUUAGUUAUCUACACUUAGGACUACAGAAACUAUAGAGAAAACAAUAAAUCUAUUUUGCGUUCAACAAAACGAAAGUAAACGAAAUAACUAUGAUAUUAAAACUAUAACGAAUGACAAAGGUAAGAUAGAGUAAAAACUCACGUAUCAGUUCCCACUCUUGCCUCUAAAGAGGAUCUACUUGUAUCUUCGCUUCUUAACUUCUUUUCGUGUCGAAGGAAAAGAAACUGCUGACAAUCUAAAAGGCUACGUGUACGUCUAAACAGAGACUAUAAAACCUAAAUAUUUUCUUACUGCAGUUAGACUGCAAUAGAUACAAUGAAACAUUUAGCUUUCAUUUCAUCAGUAUUGUUUCAGGUGUGUAUUUAUGACCCAGAAAGGUCAGAAAUUAAGUACCCUGAUAUCAGUAACGUAGGACUGCCUCGAAGUCUCCGGCGUAGUUGCUGGAACUAAUAGUUUACCCUAUGACUAUAAUUUUUCAUCAUCAUUUUGCAUCAUCUCUUAUUGGUGUUCAACCGAGAGUAAGAAAAAAAUAUUUUUGAAACUGAAAUCAAAGUUAAGUGCAACAAACUACAAAAACUGUAAUCCUUAACCAGACGAUACAAAUUACAGUUUUCUCCCAAAAGAAUCAACGAUAAAUGAGGCUAUUUGGACAAAGUUUCGAACAUGAGCUAAUUCGACUAACGCCGUUGAAAGGCCCAAUUAAAACAGUAUUGUUUUAAUGAAAUUUCAUUUUGAUUUUGAUGCAGUUAAGAAUUCAAAACACGUGGUGACUAUCGGAGAUCAAAGACUACAAAAUAGAUUGACGUAUAGCGGAAAUUAAUCGGAGUCAGGCUGCGUCAUAACGGACUGUCUUCUUACAUCGGUUUCUUGGCUUCAAACUAUUCUUUAAAUACACAGGUAUGUACAGUAUUACUGCUUUUUGCGACAUAAGAAAAGUUUUAUAAUACUAUAAAUCAACUUACCUCCUUAUUCAUAUAUUCUUUACUGUGUGUUAAACGGUCAGUUCUCUGUCGGUCAGGAAAAAUAUUAGGUAGGACCAACACCCGUAGCAAAAAAAGCUAUACAGGAAAGACACUGUCUUACAUUUUUGUCAUAAAAUAAUGAUUUGCAGCAAGAAAAUGUCAAUUUAAAUGUCUGACAUAAAGCAAGUUUAACGAUAUGUAUGGUUUUGUUCAUAUCAGAAAAGCGUGAAAGAAGACAACCAUUACUAGGCCUCCUUACUUACUGGAUAACCCGGCUUAGCUUACAGGUUUCUAGGUCCGUUAAGUGUUAAAAUUUCAAAGAUUUGCUCAUGUAGUGUCCUUUUAUACUAGUUCACAUUCAAUCGACUGUUUGUCAAGUUGAUAGUCAGCUUUAUUUCACAUUCUGACAAUUCAAUUAGAAAAGCAUUUUUGGUGAAUGGCAGAACCAUAAAACUAAUACUUUCUUAUUGCUACAUUCCUUUCAUUUCAGUCUUUUCAGACUCGCUUGCUUCGCUUUUGACUGAUUACCAGGUUAGAUAUGAUUACUGAACUGAAGGCGGACACUGAACAUUACUGGAUGAAAUGUAAUGAUUGCUGCUGCUAUGGGGUGAAUUAUGUCGAUAUUUAGUCUUACACACAUAACUUUUGAGUUGUGGAAUGAACUUAGGGUGGCCCUAUAGUAUUUCUUUUUCAUGGAGAUUUAUGUACGUGUUUGGAGGUUACAAAGUGAAAUUUUGCAUUUUUAUUGAAUUUUGUAUAAUUGCAGGAUAGCCGGUUAACUUCAGUCUGAACCAGUCGCUUAAUUUUGAUUUUGGGAAGUGUGUGGAGACAGUAGAAGGUCUACAUAUAGCUACGCCCAGAAAAAAUGUUAUAUUGCUUGUCAGUGUCACCGUUAUAUCACUCAACUCUGUAAAUUUUUUUUAACUUCAUCUUCAAUGUAGUUUUAUUUUGCAGCCUCAAAUAUUGAAAACAAAGAGGCGAGGCGUUUUGACGCUAGACAUUCAUAGUUUUGGUUUGAUUGAGUUUUCGAUGAGCUAUUAAAGUAAUGAGCAUCUAAGCUUUCUAAGCGGAAAUGAGUUUUACUUUUAAGCUCAGACAUAUGUAAAGCAAAACUUAAUUGAAUUUUCAGGCCUUUCUUAGAUUUAAGGGUUAUUGAAUAUUUGUUUCAAAUGAGUUAAGACUGGGGUCGUAUUUUGUUUCAGCAUCAGGGUCUCUAGCUGUAUCCAGACGAGGAAAACCUUAAAAACUCUAAGGACUAUGUCUUCGACCAUGAACUUCCUUGACUGACAUAUGACUUGCAACGAAAUCGAAAACAAAAUAGAAGUAUUGUUCAAAAAAACUUAAUAUACACGAAGGCAGGUUUUAAUUUUGUUGAUGUGAAAUGCAGGCUAAAAUUAUUAGCACUGGUUAGAUACACUCCAGUACACAGUGUUUUACAGACUGCCUUUUCUUUAACCUGUAUUGUUCAAAUGCAUAGUGUUUUAUACCGCUAUGUGUAUCAACAGUUUAGUAGUUUAAAGAAUUACUUUUAACUUACUUUAUAACUACAAUACAUUUUAAACUGCCACGUUAUUUAUGAUGAGGGCGACAGUGAACUUAACUCACUGAAGGAAAAGAUGCGACGCGCGCGGUGCAUUCGCUGAUAUUUUUGUAUCCAAAAAAGUAAUAAAGCAAUCCCAUCGAUAUAGGCCAUCUGAGAUACUUAACGAAGUUUGUUUAUACUAACUAGUGACAAAACUGAGUCAUUGUGCAGUACGGUCAUUUAAAACAAAGAUUGAUUAAUAAACAGAAAUUCAGUAUGCCUAUAUAAAUAGUAACUGAAAUGCCUGCCUCUCAAUCCAUAGUUUCUUAUUUUCAUUUUUAUUGCUUUGUGGUUGAAAUUCUUCAUUCUUAUGAAUUAUUUGUGACAGCUGAUCAUGCUCGGUUUUUCUAAUAUUAAGUUCAUACAAAGCUUUCAACGAGAGAUAAAGCAAACGAGUUUACGUCAAACAAAAUACUAACAGAAUUGCACAAUACCCCAAAAUUCUUGAUUGUGUUAAUAAUUAAUGCUCAUCUGAAAAGACGUCAUUGUGUCGAUGGCCUUUUGACGCUAUUCGACCUAUUUUUCUUUUUACAAGAUCUCAUAGUUGACCGAGCUGUUUUAAGCAAUAUGCGAACAGUCUAAUAUAUAGUCCAAGUCACCUAGCCAACAUUAACUUGCACAUGGAAAGUAAGUAUAAGAACCUUGAUUUAAAAAGUUUUGAACGUGCCAAAUUUAUUUAAAACAAGAACAGCAGACUAAUAUGAGGGUUUGAUGUUAGACAACAAAACUUUCCAUGAGGGGAACAUUUUGUGAACAAAAAAUACACAAGGAUUUGAAGCUGGCUUUGUUAAAAACUAAAACAUUGAAAAUGGAGCGUGCACUAUAUUAAACGGAAGAAAAACCCUCUAAGGAUGAACAAUUUCUUUUAGGUUGAUGAGCAGAAGAAACGAUAGGCUAAAGUUAAUAACCUAUCUUCACACUACCGGAUAGCUUCUGGACCGCCACGAAAACUAUACCAGAUUCUGACACAUAAGAACGGUUGUGGCGGCGCAAUUUCUGUGACGAAGCGAAGCAGCGCCGCGCCGAUCUCCAAAGUGGAGAGUCAUGAUAUUGGAUAGGUGUUCGUACUAUACCGGAUAUGGUUUCGUGCCGACUUAGCUGUUCAGUAUUGUGUGAAUAUAGCCUUAGUCUCGAAGAGCGCUAAUUACCAAGAAAAAACCUACCUCGUUGGCUUCUAUUGAGAAAAACGUCAUUAUAAGGCAACGUUAUGGUAACCACACUUUCAGUGGAAUAAUUCAAGAAAUUGAUCAAAUUAAAGGCCGGUUUUUCUUUUAAACUGUAAUUCAGUUUCAGUUCGAGAUUCUUGGCUUCUUCUUCUUUAACAUAUACAAGAAAUGGCUGGGACCUUUUGGUAAUUAUUUCGUAUCGGCGCUAGGCUACUUUGUUUAAAACAAUUUCUUAAUAAAUGUUUCCGGCCAAAUACUUAAAUGACCUAUUUAAACAUACUAGAAAAGUAGAAGACUUAUCAGAGGCUUUUCGUUUUCUUUAAUUUUUUGUUUCUUUUCCUUUUUUUUUUUUCCAUCAUUAUGUAAUGUUGGGGUGCUAUACACUAUGGAAAUAAUCGAAACUUAAUUUGACAAGUUCCACAAGCAACUUGCCUUACGAGAUAGCAUACAAGGGCUUUAUUUACUACAGAACUUUCCUUGGCAAACGUACUGAUCUUUAAUGUAAUUAAGACGAAAGACUAAUAAUACAUAGCCCGCGCGCGGUCGGCACGAAAUUCACCUGGGGUUGUUGACUUACGCGUACGUCUGCUAGGCAGACUUGACCAGAACUUCACUAAAGCAAACAUAAACGACGAGGUUCUUUUAAAGCCAUCAAAUGCAACAUCUAUUCAUACUCGUGCAUGUGGGAAUUAGACGAAAUUUGAUGUAUUAAAAUUCAUAUUUGGCGGCGAGCUAGUGGGGGAAGGGCGGGGGGGGGAGCUCAGCAAUCAUGAAGCAUCAGUUUUCGCUGUUCACCACGCAGUUAAGAAGAGUUCACAGUUUUACGUUCACUUAAAAGAAUUUGGUUCGAGUUAUCUGGAAGUUUAAGAAAUCAGGGGUAUGAGUCACGUCUUUUCCCCUUGAUUUAUUGAUAUUUGUAAUUUCUUAAAGUCAUAUGCAUCAAGUCGAUCUCAAUCGGUGUCCAACGAACACUCUGCAACCAUUAAUUAGGAAAUAAAUAGAUAAAAUGUCUUUACUUCGCCCGUUAAAAUACAUAACAAACGUUACAGACUGUGAAGUAUACAAAUCAUGAGAAUCGCACAUGUAAAACCUGAUAAAACAUUGGACAUCUAUAUUGUUAUUAUCUCCCCUCAGAAAUUCAAAAGUACGUCAUUGCUUUUUCCUCCAACCUUACGAAAUUUGUUGAAAAAAAGAAUGUCAUGUAUACGAGUAGCCCUGUAUAAAUUACCAGCAAGUUUUACUAACUAAACAUUUAAUUAUGUUGGCAGGUUAAAAUAAUGCGUUUACCAUCUCUUUUGUUCGUGACGUACGUUACCUCAAUUAGUUUCCCAACUAUAUCAGCAAAGACUCCUUUAUACGUUGGUGCCAUGUUUCCUAUGACGUCACUACAUAAUGAUAGUUGGACCGGAGGCACAGGUAUUUUACCAGCUGCACAAAUGGCUUUUGAUCACGUGAACACCGCUGGCGUGCUGAACGACUAUAAUCUGACACUGAUUUGGAAUGACACAAGGGUAACGUAACCGUAAUAUGUCCUUACCUUCCUCAUUUCCCCAUACUUUUAAGGGAUAUCGACACAAUCUUUGGGUAAAGAAAGACUAAUUUUGUGCGAUUUUCUACUUGAAGGGUUCCCCUGGUUGGACGGAGCACAUCAUGUUUGAGUUCCUUUAUAACUCCUCCCGUAAGAUUAUGCUUCUUGGAGCGGGGUUUUCUUCAUGCAGCAGAGUUGUUGCGGCUCUUGCUGGACUGGAUCCCUGGGCUAUACCGCAGGUAAGAGAAUUGUAUAGACCUCCUAGGCUGGAGCGCUGAGUCCUGGCGCCACUAGGUUUUGGGGUUCUCUAGCUAGGCGGGUUCUCUAAAUAGAAUAUCAAUGAAAUAUGACAACUUUGCACAUUGUCCAUGUGCAAAGUUUUACAACUGUUUUCACCUACCAUUGUGAAAUGUCAUCUCUACAGAUUUCGUUUUCCAGUAGCUCUCCCGAGCUAUCAGACAAGAAAAACUAUCCACACUUUUAUCGCACAAUCCCAGAUGAUACAUCAUUCAACGUUCCUCGAAUAGCGCUGCUGAAAAAAUUCAAAUGGACUCACGUUGGCACCAUUUUUCAGGAAGAGGACAUACAUCGCACGGUAAGCAUCAUAUUUUGGAGUUAAAAAUGACCAGACCUUACACAGGUUAAUAAUACAUUUCACAAGAAAGAUUCCUUAUUGAAAUCUACGAAACCAUAUACUUCGAUUCAACCACCUGUUGAUAUAAAAGAUUUUUGCGUUGUGAAGCGCGUUGUCGAGGAGUGGUGUUUUAGUGUUUUAGUAGGUACGACAUUUGUUUCACGCACAUCGUUAGGACGUUAGCUUACAGUUCAUCCUCGGAGACCCAGGGGCAGAUAGUGGGGACGAGGGAAAGUCUAAACGGGCGGAAAAAUAAGGCACGAAGAAAAGUAAAGAACGGCGAGGAGAGCCCCUGGGGACAAUGUCUUACCAGACCAGUUCCAAACGGUCGCCGCCGUCCUGGCUUCUGAUUGGUGCCAGAAAAACAACCAAUCAGAAGCCAGGACGGCGGCGACCGUUUGGAACUGGUCUGGUAAGACAUUGUCCCCAGGGGCUCUUCUCGCCGUUCUUUACUUUUCUUCGUGCCUUAUUUUUCCGCCCGUUUAGACUUUCCCUGGCCCCCACUAUCUGCCCCUGGGUCUCCGAGGAUGCUUACAGUUGUGAGUACUUCUUUACACAAAAGUGUUGGCUCCGCAUUGUUUCUCUAUAGAUAUCAUGCCCUUUGCCAAUUGUAUAAAUAGGUGUAGGAAUCAUGUUAAAAUAAACCCUACGGCUCUGAGAUGGUCCUAGCAUUACUCAUCUAUAAGAAAACCAUGUGGAUAGUUUUGGUAGCUUGUUCCGCACACCAAAAUGUUCUCCGCAAUGUUGGCAAACCGAACGAAUACCAAAGGAAAUUCAAAAAUGAAAACUUUGAAGAGAAAAGUAUCCAAUGUCCGGUUUUUCGUAAAACGUUGUGUUAAAAUUUUGUCAAGAAAUCAAGAUCAGCAUAAAAGAUUCAAACUAAAAAUUGGGUUACAAAAUAAUUAAGACUAUUACUAGAAAUUUCCAGGACUUUUUUUCUUUUAUUCGCUAUUGUUCUGUUCAUUUUCCAGGCAAUGUCUGAUCUUCAUGUGCUCUUUUUGAAAAACGGAAUCAAACACAUUUCUUCUGAGAGUUUUAGGGACAAUGCACGUGUUCAGAUGGAAAAUAUGAAGGUAACAAUACGAAUGGUAUUUACUAGGCUUACACAAAUGAAAAACUUGGUAUUAGGACAUUGCUAAUGACUCUGCUUAACAAAUAGCCGGCACAAGCAUAAUUUUUUCUUCCUUGGUAAGCCUGCGUCUCAAGAUAAUCACCCGUAAUUCUGUUUUAAACUGCUUCUUCCCUGGAAUAUCCUCGGAUUCUAAUGCUGAAUUUAUCCACUCCUAAUCAUACGAAUUAAUUUAGCCUGAACUCAUGACCCUCUUGGUAUCAUAAAAGUAUCAUAUAACUGCCUAGAUGCGUAGAACAUGUUACUCGUCUUUGUGCACUGAUCCAUUUAGUUGUAGUUAAAUGAAUAUUGGGCACACAACUGAGUGAUAACGUAAGUUAAAUGAUUCCGGGUGUGACUGAUACCAUGAUAUUUUUACAGAAAAAAGGUACAAGAAUCAUUAUAGCAAACUUUUUUGGUAGAGGCGGCCGAAAAGUAUUUUGCGAGGUGAGCUAAUAAUAAUUAUUUCAAGAGCUAAUAAUCGCCUUUUAGGAGAUAAUUUUAUUACUUGAAUCUUCAACAACAGACGUUGGGUUCAUUGUUGCCAAACUUUAAAUACAAUACAAAUCUUUACUGAUUGUUAUCUCCUUAAAGGGUAUUUCAGUGACAAUUUAUUUUGUAGUGACAACAGUUUUUGGCAUUUGAAAUUGUUUUGUCUCCACUCUAAAGGCUUACAAACUCGGCAUGUUUGGUGCUAAGUAUGUUUGGAUAUUGCUUGGUUAUAUGGAAAGAGACUGGUGGCUAGUCAAAGACCCGACUAUAUCAUGUUCAUCUGCUGAAAUCCUUCAGGCCAUGGAUGGUCACUUAGCAACAGAUUACCUUUGGACAACUGCACCAGACACAAAAACAGUUUAUGGGAAGGUAAGGCGGCCUAAAACCAGUGCACGUCCUGAUCAAAUGCUUUUAGUAGCAGACCAAAAUGUCUGAACAUUAACAAAUGACUGAACAACAGAAUUGCAUCAAACUUUCGGAAUACUGUAAAUGCUUAAAAUUGUUUUCAGAUUAGUGAACUGGUUACUUUUCAGUAAGGACUGAAUUUGUCCACAGUCAAGCAUUUGUUCGAUCUGUCCGUUAACCAGCGUUGCUGUGGGUGAUAAGGAAACUGAAGAGGGUUACUUGAAGCCCGAGAGAAAUAUGUGAAUUCGAGAUUUAUGCGCUGCGCGCCGAAAGAGAGAUAACUGUGUCUCGCGGCCUACGCUCGUGUAACAGUUACUUUCGCAUUCGCUCUUCUACAUUUCAACUCUCCUUCCUCUAGUAUUAAUUUUAAUUUCCUGACUCAGUAGUGUUCUGAGGACUAGAGUUAAACUGAACAUUUCAAAAUUCGCUUAAGACUUCUUACAACUUUAGGAAUAUUAUCUUCUAUCUAGACGGUGAAAGAUUUUCUAGUUGAGUACGAAACCCUAGUGCCACCAGAAUUAACGGAUCUUCAUCGAGGUUUCACGUAUGACGCAGUUUGGGCUAUGGCCUUGGCUUUGAAUAGGACCAUCCCUGGUUUGGCCCCUGGUACGAGGUUAGAUAAGGUGCCAUAUGGAGAUAAGGCCUUUACCAACACACUUACGGAUGCCUUGAAAGAAACAAACUUUUAUGGAGUUACCGUAAGUAAAUAAAACUUUUUUCUGUCUUCUUUGAAAGGCUAUAACCAAAGUAGUCUUGUCUCUUGGAAUGACUUUUUCUUUUCGCUGCAGGGCCCUGUUGGAUUCACAAGCCAAGGCAACAGAGUGGGAGACACUAGGAUUGUUCAAAUGAGAGGUAGAUAUCAUACAAAACUAGCCAAGCAGAAUCGCUGCACUCGGACUACAAUCCUUACAUUGACGUUGCUUAGUUUUUGUUACAGUAAGCUUUAUUACUUCGGCGGAGCGCUAAGUAAAGGAUUCGCGACGCUCAUACAGGAAUGUCCCAAAGUAGCUUCUUAGGGGACAAGAUUGGGCGGGCAAAGUCUGUAAGUUUUUGGUUUUAUUCAACUGUUUGACGAAGUGAGAGCCGAAUUCGUUCGAGAUAUCUCAAGAUCACUUCUAUUUCUUUGAUUUAUUCUUUAACUUAUUCGACAAAGAAAAAAUUAUUAUUUUGGUUUACCCGGGGUUGAACCGACUCACCUGGGUGACCCCGUCAGAUCAGAGGAGACUCUAAGUUGAGGGAUUAGCCGAUUGUGCCAUUGCGACCCAAGGUAGUUUGGGAUAUUGAAAAAGGCUAUAUAAAAUUAUGCACUAGUUUCGGGAUAAGAUUGAGCGCGCAAGUUCGUGACUUUUCGGCUUGUUUCGGCAAUUUCACAAAAUGAGACCGGAAUUACUUCGAGAUAUCUUGAGAUCACUUCGAUUUUAGUCUUUUAUUUACUCGAGGAAUAAACAGAAGAUAUUACGUGGCUGCGCAGAGACAAGAAAUUUCGUAGACAUGCGCGUGAUCAGACAAGUGAUGAGACUGUUGUGCUGUUUUUGGGGCCUGAUGUAGAAAAAAUAGAGAAUUCUUUUUUCACUAAUUGUUUCUUUAGACUUGUUACUCACCGCCAGUAACCUCAUAUUUGACUUGGGUCUAAACGUUUAGACCCAAGUCAAAUGUGGAAGGAUUUUUUUGGUGGGAGUCAUCAGAGCAAAGCUCGGCUAAUUUCUCAGAGACAAUUUGCCCCGAAAUGCUAGUUUUUAGCAAGUAGGCCUCUUGGACGUUGCCCUUUUCAGAAUAUCCUAACAAAUCCCAUAAUUUCACAAAUUGACGCCUUACUCUCACCAUAUAUCAUUUCUUACUAUUCCUCUGCAUUUACAAUUAAUCAGUUCCACAACCACGACGCCGAAGUGUACGCUCCGUAGCGUCUUGUUUACAGCAUAGAUUGGUGAAAUAUAUCCCUAAGUUUUACUGACAAAUUUAUCGCCACACUGCAUGCACUGUAAUAAAUAUUGAUAAUUCGAAGUAAAAAAGCAAGCUGCUGUUUUGUCUUUAUCGAAUUUUAAUCUCAAAACGAAUGAAGGAUAGUUUGUUUAGAAUUGUGGUGUUUCUGUGGGGCAGUAAAAUACAAAGAUUGGUCAGUUUAACAGCUGAGUUGGUUGGCCACCGUAGGGAGAUAAAGAAGCUGACGUUUUUAGCGCAAACCCCAAAUCGUUCUUUUAAUCUUCUUCCGUUUUGCCCAUCCGGCCGGGUUCCGUUGCAUGCCUUUGGCAUUUCUCUAUUUUUCGGCGUUCGUCUCGGACGGAGGCAGUUAUUUUGAUGUUUCAGUUAAUUCGGUGAUACCAAGGCCAAAUUGCCCCUUAAAAAGCGCAGCCUAGUCACACACGCCAGCAUUUACCCCCUUAUUUUCCCCUGACUCAUGCACUAUAUCAGGGAUUAUUCUCAAAGUUUAUUUUUACUGUAUGAGCGGACACAGGCAAGAGAAGGUCUCGUUCUCGUAGUUAUCGACAGUGCUAAACUGAACUCUCUGUCUGACUACAAGUCGCAUACUUGUAACCAUGGCUCUAGGUUAUUACCUUGACCAUUUAUAGGUUCAACUCCUUCAGUUAGUUGUAUUCAGUGGUUCAGCAACCACAACAGCGAAAUAAUCAUGUUUCAGUAUUUGCCACACAAGUCUGAGCAUGAUAAGUAAAUGAAUCAAAAGAGUACUAACCCAAAUAUUUACUUUCCUUUCUAUACAGGUUGAUAAGAAAAAAAAACAAGCAAACAGAAAGCAAUUAAACGGCUAAAGCUAUAUUUAAAAGUUAACCAAUCAGGGCGCACCUAAGUAUAGUAUCUAGUAUAUCAGCUCACUUGUUAUUCUCUAUUAAGCCUUCAUACGUAAACCACCCUGUGAAUAGAAAGUUCGGCGACACAUCCCUCUUUCGCUUGAUUCCAAUUCAUGGCCAGCCGCGAAACUCUUUCUUUUUUUUACUUACAGACGGAAAGCAAAUCACAGUAGGGCUUUAUGAAGUAAAUAAUGGUUUGAUUAACUGGUCAGGAUACGAUGCUAUAAAGUGGGAAGGUAAGGACUGCCUAUUUUCUCAGUAUGACUUACUAGCCUCAGCUGCUCAGCUGACCGGCCUCAUCAGUGCAAAAGAAUAACCACGUCAUCAGUGACAGAGCCAUUUUUGCAGCUUGAAGUUGAAAGGUGACUUAACACAGAUAAAUUAACUUCCACGACUCCGAGACUUUUUGCAGAGAGAAAAGACGUGGAGUAAGGGUUAGAGCUAGAAACAGCGCCGGACAAAUUAAAAUAAAUUUCAUAAGAGAGAAAGCAAUCGCCAAUCUUCCACUCGAGUGUGGUUUUCUUCAAGAGCUUAUGUCCAAACUCUUUUUUUCCUCGCAGAAAUGCGCGUGAUCACUCAAUUAGAGAGCAGUGUAAUUAUCGUUGCUCCCUAAAUUUCUCUCUUUUGCACAGAAUCAAGAAGGCCUUGGAAAUAUAAUUGUUUGAAGUUAUUAUUACUUGGGGUAACUGAUAAAUGUUACAUUCCAAUAGAUGGAUCUCCUCCCCCGGACACGACUAAGCUGAUGUAUGAACUGAUGACGGUAUCCCUAUCACUCUUCAUAUUCAUGGCGGUUGUGACGUCAAUUGCGAUACUAGUAUCCAUUUUAUUCCUGUGGUUCAACAUAUCUAAAAGAAAUAUAAGGUAUUUAUAACUCGACUGACCAUCUAACUCAAUCCAUCUUCCAAACAAUCUUCACCUGAGGUAACGGAGAGCAUCCCGUUAGUACAGUAGCUUUGGGGGUGGGAGGAGGUUCCGUAUAGAUGCAGUUCAAAACUAUGCCACGAGGUAAUGUUUAACGAAACCUAAACUAACAAAAGUGACCCUUGUCAGGAGCCGUUUGUGCAAUGAAUGACAUUCCUCGCCACAGUUAAUAAAGUGUAUGGCAAAAAAUUUUGAUGUAACGUAGCUCCGUCAUUAAAACGAAUAAGCUUCAACCUGUACAAAGAAAUCCAGAAAUUUAUACUUAACUGAUUUUAAAACAAAAAGCCAAAGUUAUACAUCACUUCGUGACAGCAAUAGUCUUGGACAAGAAUUCUUACCCAUAAGUUAUCUAUUCUAUUCCAUUCUGUUUUACGUCUGUAUCAGAUUCACGAGCCCAUUACCUCCCCCUGCCCACCACCACCCACGUCCCUUUGAGAAGCUAAACAGCCCAUGAAAUUUAAUGCUUUGUAAAGGCUGGUUCUCAUUCACGAAACUACUUCGCUGCGUCCAUUUCGAAGUUUAUGUUUAUAGGUCAAUCUUUUCUUCUGAAAGAAAAUUUCGGGAUUCUACCCGAAAGGUAAAUUCAGCCGAUUUUUGUGUUUAGGAAAUUCUGUCUUUGCAAAAUCGGACUGACAAACUGGCACGUGCAAAAAAAACUACCCUUGCGAUUAAACAUCACAAUAUCUGAUACUCAGUAACCUUUACUGUAAGUUAUACUUUUUGUUUCUUCUAGCCAAAAGACCCAGGAAGGUUGUUAACUGAAAUUUUUUUAGAUUCUGAUAUUUCUGAAAUUAGGCUGGUUACUUUCAACCGAUCAUUUAAAACGCAGUAAGUCUAAGGUAACUGAACCGUUGUUCUUGGCCGGCAAAAUAAAGAAACAACGCACAAGGAACAGAUCAUGUAUUCAAACGCUGGGUCAUUGAGUAACUAGGAUUCUUUCUUUAUUGAAAGGUUUAUCAAGAUGUCCAGUCCUAAUCUGAACAACUCAGUUCUACUGGGGUGUUUUCUCAGUUAUUUAUCUGUUUUUCUCUUUGGUUUGGAUGGAGCAUUUCUUUCCAGUGGUUAUGAGGUCAUAUGUGCGGUAAGUGGCAAUCACUCUCUGAUUUCUGGGAUAAUCUUGGUCAUUAGCACUCAACGUUGUUUUAAGGUGGUUCGAAAUUCCAAAAACUAUUAAAACACUUGAAUUCUGAAUGACUGUCUAGUUCGAGUACGUUCUUUCUUCUCCAACGAUUUCUCUGAAAUUUAUUUGGCAUAUUAUUAUAUCAGCUUAAGCUCAGAACACAAGUUUCAGUAGAAAAUAUCAGCGAAAUUAUGCGCAAGACGCGAUUUUCUUUGAAAAGCCGAAUGACAUAUAACUCCACCUUUUCUCAAAGUUUUGUAGCCAGUGACAGAAGGUUCGUCAUAGUUCAAUGCGCUUUUUUUAAAUAAAGGAAUCACCUUAAGGGUUUUUGUGAACUUGUAAAGCAGGGGGGGGUCCAUCAUAUUAAUCUAGGUGGGAGGAGAGAGUAAAAAAGCCUGUAAGAGUGAAAUUAGCUUAGUCAUGUUAAAAACCUUUCUUUCCAAUUAUCUCAGUGAGAUAAAAGGAAUGGCUUGGAAGGGUUAUAUUAAAGAAGAAUGAAUGAAUGAAGAAGAAUGAUUAAGGGCCGGAUACCCUGACGCCUUUUUCAGGCAUGUCGUGUUAAACUUCAAAAUUCUGGUUUGAAUUUCAGAGCAGAGCCUGGACACUCUCUCUGGGCUUCAGUCUGGCGUACGGUGCGAUGUUCUCCAAAACCUGGCGGGUUCAUCAAAUAUUUACCAACAAACGGUUAAAACGGAAGGUAGACCUAAAGAACCAUCUACAGUCAUUAAUGCAAAUUGUUCUUAAGAUCUGUUCUAAAUACAAUAGAGACGACAUUUUUAAGGUGGCUGGCAACAUAAGUGAUGUUAUAACGUUUUGUACUUGCCUUUGUAUUUCUAGGAGAGCGUUUUGGAAAUAUUUUGAUAACCAUGCUAUCGAAAUUAUUUGCUAAUAUCUAAAGAAAAUGAGUAGGUCUGGAGAAUUAAUUUAAUCUCUUAAUGGUUUGAUUCCACCUGAAAUUGUGGAAGAAAAUAGAGGGUGAUAUUUGCUUAUGCCGAUUUCGAGAAGGAAGAAUUUGAUUGGCCUACACUCAUUCAGCUGCUUUUGUUACCGUUUAUGUAUACAAUUUAGUCCACGGCUAUAAAUUUCACGGUUAUUUAGAAAACCGCUCGAUGAUUUUUUUAAAAAAUUGGCAAUCCCGAGAUUUAUCAUCAAUUUAUAUUGUCUCCAAGUUUCAACAACAUUGAAAGCAAGGAAGACAACAAAUGUUUAAACAUCACUCCUUUCGUCUGCACCAAUAUUUGCGUCGGAAGAACCGAACGAAAAAAACUCACAGAAAAUCAAAGAAAGACGAAACACAGUUCAUUUCGCUCCCGUUAACAAAGCACGCCCUUGCUCUCAUGACGUAUAUUUGACCCACACUCCUCUAGAAUGGGCUACGUGUACUUUCUUACCUCUAAUUUUAUAGUGUGGAUAACAAUUUUACAUUUGACAACUUGCGAUUUCUUUAGGUUAUCAAAGACCGUCAUUUGUUCGGUGUGGUCUUGCUUCUAGUAAUAAUUGACAUCAUAUAUUUGACCGUAUGGCAAGUCACGGAUCCCAUGAAGAGGAUUAUUCGCGAGUUUUCAGAUGGGGUAAGCCUUAUAGUUCAUUCGGUAUCCUCAUCCCUUUGACUAUAUAUGGUAUAUAAAGUGCGUGAUCUUUAAAAUCUAAACAUUAUAACAAGCCCCUUAAUGAAAAACCUCUGGUUGACGAAAAAUCUGCAUUACAGAUGACUUUCUUCUCCUAAGUUAUUGUAAAUCUGACGGAGCAGGACUUCGAUAGACAGUACCUUCCGUUAUAACGAAAAUGCAAUAUUUCCAGUCUGCGGCACUUUGUUAUAUCGGGGUUCCACUGAACAAAGGAUUGAGCAUGGUUUGCAGCUCGGCAAAUUUAUAACCAACCGUAAGCAGCAUACUCAAUCCUAAGAGGCCUGGAAGUCACUUCUUUAUGCAGUAAAUGAUGUGAUUGUCACAUGAUUUGUGUCUUCAGUCCCAAGAGUCCGAGUUGGACGUUGCAUUUGUCAAGCAACUGGAACUAUGCGAGUCCAGACAAACAUACCGCUGGCUAGGAAUACUGUGUGGUUACAAAGGACUGCUUUUACUUUUUGGAGCGUUCCUUGCUUGGGAAACCAGAAGCGUGACAAUACCCGCUUUAAAUGAUUCCAAGUAUGUGUUACCAUAGUAUCUGUUACAAUAGAUAUCUUUGCUUUGAGAAGCGAUUCAUUCAUAUAUACGAGUUAAUAAGUCGUAAUUCCAUCAUGAUAGGGAACUCAGAGAGAUAUCCCAAAAUUGCAGAGCCCUGAGUUGCACAAGUCGAUCCGCGUGUCACUUCUUUUUCCAGUGUUUCCGAAAUAUUUGUAUGAAGCGUUCGUGAUCAAGCGCACAGACCUAGGCUCUCCCUAGACGUAAUGUAAAUACUGCAGACUGUUCAUAAGCUUUUCGGAUUUUACAAUUCUAAUAUGUUGAAUUAAUUACAGAUACAUUGGGAUGUCUGUGUACAAUGUGUUUGUCCUGUGCACCAUUGGUGCCCCGUUAUCACUUGCUGUAAGGGAGAAGCCAGACGCCUCAUUCUCCAUUGUAUCAACAUGCAUUAUUGUUUGCACCUCUACAACACUCUGCCUCGUGUUUAUUCCCAAGGUAUCAGUUACGUUUUGUUAAUAUACACUUGAACACAGUGCGAGAGCAAUAUGGAAAGAUAUUGAAGUCGAGUUUUAAAAAUCGUUGCUAUUGCGGGGCGAGACUCUUCCGAUAAGUUUUUUUCAUUACACCAAAGAAAUAAUCCACCAAUCAACUGAGGUCUUUUCCAAAAUCAGCACAACCGAUAUUCAGCUUAAUUUAACUAAAGAGCAAAUUUUGUUACCUUCUUCGUAUUUAUCAAUUCUCUUGGCUUCUAUCUUUUCUUGGGACUUCGGUUCUGAAAAACGAAUCGUCUCUGCUGACAGCGACUUCAUCAUUUAAUCGAACAUCGCUAAGAACACUGCCAGUACCUUAAAAUCAUACCGUAAAAUUCCGAAAAUAAGCCCCAGGGCUUAUAUUUUUCAAAGACCCCUUUUCGAGGGGCUUAUUUUUGGAGGGGCUUAUCAGAGGAGGGAAAUUUCCGUUUCAAAAUCGAUUGGGCUAGCCUUAUAGUUGGAAGUAAAUUUACCGUUUUUGCUUCGUUUUACUUUGCAUUUGAGGGCAAGUUUCCAAGAACAAGUCCCCGGGGGGCUUAUAUUUGGAGGGGCGAUUUAACGGAAGGUUUUUGCGUUACGAGUUUGGGGGGGGCUUAUAUUUGGAGGGGCUUUUUUCGGCCGAAUGAACGGUAUCACAAAAAGCAUCAACACAGUCAAGCCAUUGCACACAAGGUGGUCACGUACAUUAAGGUUAAUAUCUUACUUUCGAAUGGGACGCUCCAGUCCUGCACAGUAAAUUGACGGCAGAACACGUAAACACAAUUCAGCAAUUUGACCACUGGAUAAUUUAUCAGUUGAACUGCAUUAAGCGGCCACCCUACGGGUACUGCCAAGUGGCCACUAAUGGAGGUUUGAAACAAACGCGCGACGGGAGAAGCAUCACUGGUCCACAGUCGGCGUCACCUUCAGAAAUGAGGCUAAACUAAGGGUAUCAAGCGCUUGAUGACAACAAUGGGAGAACUCUCGUUGGGAAGGCCAAAAGGUGGCCGCUUAAUAUAGGUUAAACUUCUCAUUCAGGUUUUUCUACAAUUGUCUCGGCACUUUGAUUUCUGGCCUCUUAAUGGGGGUUAAGCUGCAUAACAUAACCGGCUUGCCAUUCUUCAGAUGCUGAGUGGUAUAGUUGGAGACAGAAUAGAUAGAAUAGAAAACUUUAUUAAUGUGUUGGAGCCGUAUAGACUGGGAACAACUCCAUACUAAUUUGGGGACAUAAUUUAUAAUUAAAUAACUGGAAUUACCUAUAAAAUAUAAAAGUAAAAAGAUAUUUAAACUAGGCUUAAUAUAUUAUGCGAAGGGUACAUGAGAGGAUUUUCGGGAGGAUUUUAGAAAUGCACCUUCUUUCAUUUAAAAUACGUAAGUUAAUCUUCUUUUGACGAUUGGUUCUCUUUCUUUUACGUCCCUAAGGUACUGCAGAUGAAGCGGUUUGUACUGGUUGGUGAACAACUUUGUCGAACGUUUAACACUACUGCAGUUGAAGUUAAUAGUAGCAUGAAAACAGUCCGUGACCUUGACAAAGAACGGGAACUUAUUGAUUUCAAGCGAAAACUUGUUGCGGUAAGCACUAUCUUUUUAUCAAGUACGUUGGGGUUUCCAUGGGUUAUUACUGAAAAGCUUUCAGUGGACGCAGAAAUUUAAGUGAACACCAAUUUCAAAACGUAUACUGCAACCAUGUUCGAGGUACCAAAACACUGUUUCUUACCUUUCUUUGCUAUAUAUUUCGCUUAUCUUCCCACCAAAUUCGCCUCCGUUCUACUUCAAAUAUUUGGGACUUUAAGCAAAGACUACGGAAGCGUCUAGUGCAAUAACCGGAAGUAACUAUUCCUUAACUCUUUCAUUAUUCAGGUUGCGUUCGAUUGGGAAAUCCGGAUUUAGAUUUUGAAAUCCGGAUUUAGGAUUUUGCAAUCGAACGCGAAAUCCGAAAACAGAUUUCACCUCCGAGAAAUCAGUCCUCAGGGUAGAUUUCAAUUAAGAAAUUCAAAUCCGUAUUUCAUGGAUUUCCUUUUUACCGUUCGAUUGGGAAAUCCGAAAAAGGAUUUGCAAAACUGUUCUCGUGAACAGCGGUCUUAUUUUUGCUAAUUAUGCGUGCGCGUACAAGACCGUUGUUCAGUUUUUCAAAUCCUUUUGCGAAUUUCCCAAUGGAACGGCAAAAAUCAGAAUCCAAAAACAGAUAUAUCAGCGUUGAAAUCCGUUUUCGAAUUUCGCGUUCGAUUGCAAAUCCGAAAUCCAGCUUUUAAAAUCUAAAUCCAGAUUUCCCAAUAGGGUUUUUUUCUUUUUUUUUUGUGAUUUAUUAUUGGUGAUUGGUGAUUAAGAUACAAUAAGGGAAAUAAUACGUUUUUGAAUAGUCUUCGAAAGAAAGACGUUGAAGCCCAAGUCGAAUUUACGAUAAAAUUUAUGCAAAGGGCUGGGGUCACCUGUUAUUGACGUAUCAGUUAAGAAAAACAGUUUGUGAGUUUAUGGUACUUUGCGGGUCGGUGCCGGGUAGUGUAGUGUUAAAGGAGAGAAAUAAGGAUACGAAAGGUCCGGGUUCGAACCUGAAUGAGAUACAGGCAGUUACAGCUAACAAAGAACUCAAGAGACAAAAUGAAGUUACACCUAUAUAAUUUUAAAGCACAAGUUACAAUCGAUGAAGAACUUAAGUAACAAGAUUAUUGCGAUAUGAACAAUUUUUAAGAAAAAUGUUUUUCACUAGGUCAAUAAUUGAAGAUUUCGAAGGGUACGAGUUUUCAGAUUUCAAGAUAUUGAACUUCCAGUUCGUCACAGUACGGUCCGCCACGAUUUCCUAGGUAUUCGGGAAGCGUAGUACGGGCAGAGCCGAGUUGGUCUAAUUACCUAAUAUCUAAAAUUAUACCUAUCUUCAAAGCUGACGACGAGACCGACACUUCUAAUUAUAGGCCAAUUUCAUUAUUAUCAAAUUUCAAUAGAAUCUUCGAAAAAAUUAUGUACGACAGAAUGAGAGACUUUAUUGAAAAGCACAGCCUAUUAUAUUCGUCUCAAUAUCGUUUUCGUCAAGCUCACUCAACCCAACAUGCUAUCCUUGAUAUUGUAGAAACUAUACAAACCAAUAUGGACAAAAGACUCUUUUCAUGUGGUGUUUUUAUUGACUUAAAAAAAGCCUUUGACACUGUGAAUCAUACUAUUUUACUUGAUAAACUAAAUUAUUAUGGCUUCCGUGGAAUUGUCAAUCAAUGGUUUUCCUCUUAUUUAUCAAAUCGCACACAAAGCACUGAAAUCGGCUCUCAUAUAUCUAGUAAACUAAAUAUCAAUUUUGGCGUACCCCAAGGUUCUGUCCUAGGUCCACUUCUCUUCUUGCUUUAUAUAAAUGACAUCCAAUAUUGUUCGAGCAAACUCCAAUUUUUCCUUUUUGCUGAUGACACUAAUGCUCUUUAUGCUUAUAAAGAUUUAAAGACACUGGAACUAACAGUAAAUGCAGAAUUACACAACUUGUAUAACUGGCUGACUUCAAACAAACUUUCCCUGAAUACUAAAAAGUCAAACUAUGUAAUUUUUCGUCCAUACCAAAAAAAACUCAACUAUGAUCCCCAGGUCAAUAUUUUUGACAAUGAAAGCAAUAAAAAGGUUACCCUUGAACGCAAAAACUUUAUUAAAUAUCUUGGACUGUUAAUUGAUGAAAAUCUAUCUUGGAAGACCCAUAUUCACUCUGUUGCAAAUAAAAUAAGUAAAACAAUUGGGCUAAUUGCGAGAUUAAGACAUAUUGUUCCCACUUGCACCCUCUUAAAUAUUUAUCAGUCACUUAUUACACCUUAUCUAACUUAUGGUCUUAUCUCUUGGGGCAACGCGUGUAAAACUUUCCUUGACCAAAUUCUUGUCCUUCAAAAACGCGCACUGCGUUUAAUAUAUUUUGCUGAAACAAACGACCACGCAAUACCUUUUUUUGUCAAUGCAAAAAUUCUACCUUUACAGUCUCUAUAUUAUGAAUCCGUUUGUAGUCUUAUGUAUGAUGUAAAUAAAAACACUGCUCCGGUUAAUAUUUCGAAACUCUUCUCUCGAAUUUCUAGUGUUCAUACUUACAACACACGUGCCUCAACCUCUGAACAUUUUUAUACUAAAGAAUCUCGACUCAAUGUCAAACGAAAUGCUUUUUCGCGUGUUGGGGUCAAAAUUUGGAAUGGGAUACCUCAAAUUCUUAAAGAAAGACCGAAAAAAGCUUUUAAAAGAUCACUAAAAGAAAUGCUACUCGAUUUCCUUGAAACUGAAGACUCCUAUAUUGAUGUGGAUACGAUCAUCGUGAAAAUGAAAAAGUAAUUCUCUUGUCCUUUAUUUUCAUUUUAUUUCUAUUUUUAAAAUUUCACUUUAAUUAUUGUCCUUGCAUUUAAGUAGAACGUAUCUAUUUAAUGUAAAAUGUAUAUACUUAUAUAACGCCUAAUUUCUUUGUAUUUGUCUAGUUUGUUGUAAAUUAUGUAGCCUGGCCUGCCUCGAAUAGCCUCGCUAACUGCAGGCCAGUCCCAAUGUAUCUUUUGCUACAUUUUCAAAUUUAAAUAAAGUUGAAGUUAUAGUUGAAGUUAUUAGCAAUACUUUGCACUUGCAUCUCAAUAUUUGUACUUUUUUGGCGGUCACUGCACCUCUACGUUUUGUUGAGGGCGUAAACAAGCAACGACUAAAAUUUUUCUCUUUCUAGUUCGCCUACAUUGGGUAAGGAAAGUGAGUUGGAAUAAUCGCGAAGAAGAUUGCAAGACUGCCCUAUCGUGAGGCACUGACAAGUGGCGGGAAAAAAAUACUUCCGGUCACCAUACUAGACACUUCCGGGGUCGUUGCUGAAUAUUACGUUAAGAACCCAUGAACCAGCGAUUUUAGAUAUAGAUAGGGUGAUACUUAACCAUAGGUAAGGGGACCAAGGAGUUAACCAACAUUUUUGCAGUAUUUUUGUAAGUAACUACAAGUUAUUUUCAAGUCAUUUGUGCUUUUCUUCUUCUACGUACCGUUUUACUUUAACGCAAAUUCAUUACGUUUUCUUUAUGUAGAAGGACAAAGAAAUCAGAGAAUUGAGAAUGCGUUUGUCCAAGGCAGAGCGUGAGAAACAGUUUCCAAGCAUCGAGCUUACUGAAGAUCAAGAACUGAUCAAAAGGGAAAGAAACGGCGCGGACACUGCGCAUGCUUAA